UGUCGCUGCCCGCGCUCCGCGGGGCUCUUCAGAGGUGCACUCUCAGGAAGCGGAUGUGGGCCGCGUCGGACGGAGGGGAAGAGCGGUCCCAGAGUCUGAGCUUCCCGGAGCUGCGGCGGCGGGGCCGGGAUGGAGCACGUGACGGAAGGCGCCUGGGAGACGCUGCCGGUGCCGCUGCACCCGCGGGUGCUGGCGGCGCUGCGCGAGCUCGGCUUCCCCCAGAUGACACCGGUGCAGUCUGCAACCAUCCCUCUCUUUAUGAAAAACAAAGAUGUAGCUGCAGAAGCUGUCACAGGUAGUGGCAAAACACUGGCCUUUGUCAUUCCCAUCCUGCAAAUUCUUCUGAGGAGGGAAGAGAAGUUAAAAAAAAUGCAGGUUGGGGCCAUCAUCAUCACCCCCACGAGAGAGCUUGCCAUUCAGAUCGAUGAAGUGUUGCUACAUUUCUCUAAGCAUUUCCCACAAUUCAGCCAGAUUCUUUUAAUUGGAGGUAGGAACCCAGGAGAAGACGUUGAGAGGUUUAAAGAACAAGGUGGGAACAUCAUAGUGGCCACUCCAGGCCGCUUGGAGGACAUGUUCAGGAGAAAGGCGGAAGGAUUGGAUCUGGCGAAUUGUGUGAAGUCCCUUGAUGUCCUGGUGUUGGAUGAAGCAGACCGCCUUCUGGACAUGGGCUUUGAAGCCAGCAUAAAUACCAUUCUGGAAUUUUUGCCAAAGCAGAGGAGAACAGGCCUCUUCUCUGCCACUCAGACUCAAGAGGUUGAGAACCUGGUGAGGGCUGGUCUGCGCAAUCCCGUCCGCAUUUCAGUGAAAGAGAAGGGGGUGGCAGCCACCAGCAGCCAGAAGACUCCCAGCCGCCUGGAGAACUACUACAUGGUAUGCAAAGCAGAUGAGAAAUUUAAUCAACUCGUGCAUUUCCUUCAAAAUCAUAAGCAGGAGAAACACCUCGUGUUCUUCAGUACCUGUGCCUGUGUGGAAUAUUAUGGAAAGGCUCUGGAGGCCCUGGUUAAGAAUGUAAAAAUAAUGUGCAUUCAUGGGAAGAUGAAGUAUAAACGCAAUAAGAUAUUCAUGGAGUUUCGAAAACUGCAAAGUGGCAUUUUAGUGUGCACUGAUGUGAUGGCCCGGGGGAUAGACAUUCCUGAAGUAAAUUGGGUUCUGCAGUAUGAUCCACCCAGCAAUGCAAGUGCCUUUGUGCAUCGAUGUGGGCGCACGGCCCGGAUCGGCCACGCAGGCAGUGCGCUUGUGUUCUUGCUUCCCAUGGAAGAGUCCUAUGUCAAUUUCCUCUCCAUUAACCAAAAAUGUCCCCUGCAGGAGAUGAAGCCGCAGAAAAACCCAGCCGACCUUCUCCCCAAGCUGAAGUCAAUGGCUCUGGCUGACCGAGCAGUGUUCGAGAAGGCGAUGAAGGCUUUUGUGUCUUGUGUCCAGGCCUACGCAAAACACGAGUGUAAUCUCAUCUUCCGAUUAAAAGAUCUAGAUUUUGCUAGUCUCGCCCGAGGUUUUGCCCUGCUACGUAUGCCCAAGAUGCCAGAGCUAAGAGGAAAACAGUUUCCAGACUUUGUGCCUGUCACUAUUGAUACAGACACUAUUGCGUUUAAAGAUAAAAACAGAGAGAAACAGAGACAAAAAUUUCUAGAGCAACAAAGAAAAGAAAAAAAAGAGAAUGAAGGGAGAAAGAAAUUUAUCAAGAACAAAGCCUGGUCAAAGCAGAAAGCCAAGAAGGAAAGGAAGAAAAAAAUGAUUGAAAAGAGGAAAAGAGAAGAGGAUUUUGAUAUUGAAGAUGAAGACAUGCAAGAGCUACUCAAUGAUACAAGACUCUUGAAAAAGUUAAAAAAGGGCAAAAUGAGUGAAGAAGAGUUUGAGAAGAGGUUGUUGGCACAUGGCAAAGGCAAGGCCAAGCUGGAGGAUUUGGGGUCCUCGGAUCUGGAAGGUGACAGCUAACUCACCGAGGGCCACGUUGCAUCUGCAUGUCAGUGGAGGGCACAGUCUAACAAGUUUGGAGAAUGGCCAAGUGACCCCACACUUGGUGUGUGAGUGAUGGUAUGGGGAGAUGGGGCCCAGCUGUUCUGUUCCUGCCUUCUCCAGGGGAAAUUUUGGCCACUAUCCCUUCUGUAGAAGCCGCCUGCCUAGAAGAGGCCAACUAUGAAUCCCCAUGGAUCUCAUCUUUGCCUCCACAAACAACAUUUUGUGUGUAAAUAAGUGUUGAUAUUUCUUUUUAAAAGACCGUUUUCUACAGCUUUCUUGGAGCUAGUUUAAGGAAUAAUAAAAGGUUUGACUAUCAGCCAGUAAGUCUUAAAGCAUUCCUACAAUCUUUAACCAGGAAUUUGGCUUCCUUUGUGGGUGUUGCCCUGGAUUCAUGUGCUGUAGGCGGGGCAUAUGUGGUGAACAUUUGAAAAGGUGAAGCACUUUCCCUAGGGGCAAUUAUUCCAGAGUACUUUCUUUUAGGGAAACCAAUUAUCUUUAUCUGAAUGAUUUCUUAAUGUAGCAGGAUUGUAUGUUGUUAACAAAGUAUUGCCCAGUGGGCUUUACAGCUUCCUUUGGGACUUUAUUUACUUGAAAAUUUGACCCAAAAUAACUUUCCUGAAAGUUUAGUGCUUUAAACUUGUCUUGGUACAGGGAUUCUCAAGCCAGGGUCUGUGGACUUUAAAAAAAGAAUAAUUUUGAUAACUAUUUCACUGAUUGAUCUAUUUCAUUGUAUGCAUUUCAAAGCGUUAGGAAAAGAGGGCCCUGAUGCAAAGUCAUUUAAGAACUCUUGAUUUAGAGGUUUUUGUCUUCCUGGCCACAUAAGUCACUAUUUGAUUCCUAAAGGCCUCUUUAUCCGGGGGUGAAAAUAAGGAAUGCUAGUGGCUCAAUAAAAAUCGUUCCUUCUGCCUGGCUCUUAAUGGUAGCCCCGUGCUUUGUGUCUAUCAUCUGUAAUCACACUUGGCAACUGGGUUUUGUCCCAGUGGAAGACAUCUGUGUCCAGUGAAGUGGGCGUUCACCAAUCAUGGGCAAGUGUAUGGAGAGACUAAAGGAUAGAGUUGGGCCAUCCUGUCUUAAGUUACAAUUGAGUUUGGUUUAUAUCUUGAGGAAUUAUUAAAUAUAAUAAUAGCACUUAUGUAGGGCUUUAAGGUCUGCAAAUUGUUUUAUACAUAUUGUCUCAUUUGAGCUUCAUGAAACCCCUGGGAGGUAUUUGACUUUCUUUGGGAAUUCCCCAUUAAUAUCCAUUUUAUAGAGGUAAAUAGGUUGAGUGAUUUGCCAUGGGUCUAUUAAAACUGCCUGAAGCUGGAUUUGAA